CUUUUUGAGUUUUUUCUCCAUUCACAAAAACAUUUCCGAAACAAAUCAAAUAACGUUAAAAUUCCGAACGUUAAAAUUCAUUAUAGCUUCCCCCGAAACCCAAAACAGAAGGAACGGAUACAUGGCAUGUACCGUUGCGAUUAGCUCACCAGUCUUCUCGCCUUCCAGAAUUUCAGUCCACUGCAAAGCCGCCGCCGCCGCCGCAUCUUCCUCUUCGCCGGAGGCUCUGACCCGCUCACUCUCUCCUUCAUCCGUGACGUCUCCGUCUCCGUCUUCACCUUUGCGGAUUCUUCGUGCCUCGAAGCCGCAUCCCAGCGGAUUGAUUCGACCUUCUACUCCUGACUGUUCCUCUUCGACCUCCUCCACGGUUUGGAAGCGAAACCGGCCGGCGAGGUUGGAUAUCCCCAGCGUUACGGUGACCUUUGGGGACUGUCCGGACGCAGGUUCUGUUAUGGGAGAAGAUCUGGUGGAGUUUGAGGGAGAUGGGUACUCGGUGUGCUGUAAACGCGGGAAGAGAAGAAGGGCUAUAGAAGAUCGGUACUCGGCUAUGGUCAAUCUCCGUGGAGAUUAUAAGCAGGCUGUUUUUGGUGUAUUUGAUGGGCAUGGAGGAGCAAGUGCGGCUGAGUAUGCAUCACAAAACUUGGCCAAGAACAUCUGGGAUGAAAUAGAAAAGAGCAGUGGCGAUGAUGAUGAAAUUAAGGAGGCGGUGAAGAAUGGUUACUUGAAAACAGAUACCGAAUUCUUGAAACAAGAUCUGCAAGGUGGAUCUUGCUGUGUUACAGCAUUUAUUAAUAACAACAAUCUUGUGGUUUCCAAUGCUGGGGAUUGUCGAGCUGUUGUGAGCAAUAGUGGCAUUGGAGAAGCUCUUACUUCUGAUCAUCGACCUUCAAGAACGGAUGAAAAGGAACGAAUUGAGGCUUUGGUAAGCAAGAUUCCUCAUCGGUCAAUUAUAGAAGUACAAAUGAAUCACAUAAGGUCUUGGGAUACUAGAACUUUUAGCAUGAAACACAAAAUCUUGAGUCUUAAUGUCUAGGGGAUUCUAGGGUGUCCAGAGGACAGGGCCGUGGAGGAUCCGUGCAAGGCAGUAGAGGGGAUUCUAGGGUGUCCAGAGGACAGGGCCGUGGAGGCCAAGAUCGGACCGUGAGUGACAGUUAUGUGGAAACGGUCAACGAGAACGAGUCCUAUGAGUCCGAGGAGGAUUCGACGUAUCGACCGGGAACUGAGCCGGUUGAGACCCCAUAUGAUGGGGAGUAUGAUGAGGACAGCGAGGGGAGCGACGAUGACGACGCUCUAGAAAGGAUGGAGGAACUACUCUGUCAAUUUGAGCAAGAUCGCCAAAGGCGCCGGGCAAGGCGUGCUUUGGGAGGGGCUUCAAGAAGGGGAAGCCACGCGGGUUCUAGGGGACAUGUGGAGUCCCGAGUAGAUCGAGGUGUCGAGGUUCCGAUAAUAAGGAUCUCGAAGUACCUCAAAGAAGCAAGAGAUUUGGGGUGUAAACCGUUCGAUGGAACGGGAUAUAUAUCCGUUGCGGCGGAGUGGAUCAAGAGGUUCAAUGAAGCGGCCCUUGAUAUGCAGCUGCCGCCAAACAUGAAGAUGAGAGUAGCAACGAGGUUGCUAGAAGGGAUGGCGUCCACAUGGUGGGACGGUGUCAAGGGGAAGUACGGUGAGGCCGUAACUUGGGAGAAUUUCCGACAGGAAUUCUUCAACCAAUACUACUCCGACUUCGAGGUGAACUUGAAGAGGAGAGAAUACACCAACUUGACCCAAGGAGGCAAGUAUACCGUGAGGCAACUUGAGCACAAGUUCAGGGAGCUCGCGGAGUUCAUACCGAAGUAUGCUUGUGAUGAGAACCGGAUGGUGAAUCACUUUUGGGAUGCUUUGGAUUUAGACGUGCGUGAGCGGGCAACGCAAUUGCCUAACAUGACGUUUAGUCAAGUGGUGGAGUAGGGCCUGAAAGGGGAGAAAGAAUGGGAAGAGAGAAAACUGAAAAACGCCGAGGAGGCGAAGAAGAGGAAAUGGGAGAACACCGGCCCCCAAGGUUCUAGCAAGAAGGGGAACCACGGGGGAGGUGGGUCUUUCAGAAUGCCCGCACCACCAUCUAGGGGAAAUCAAGGCCCAGGAGGGCAAAGCUCGAGGUCGCAAGGCUCGGGCAUUAGCAGGUGCAACAACUGCAAGAGGAACCACGCGGGCAAGUGCCGCGAUCCCCCUAGGUGCUACCAAUGCGGGGAGACGGGGCACUUGAGAUCAAACUGCCCACAACUCGGGCGAGCCACGGGUGCAGGAGCUAGCAGCGGAACUACGGCAAGUAGGAACCGAGCAGGGGCAGUUCACGCGAGCACGGCGCACGGAGGGCCAAGUACAAGUAACGCGCCAUCCGUGAACCAAGGCAAGACCCAUGCUAGGGUCUAUGCGAUGACGGAGGCGGACGCACGUGCUAACCCGGACUCCGUGGCGGUUUCAGGUAGAACUUGAAGGUUGCUACCGGCGCCCGUUGCUUCGGGGAUUUUCAAGGGAGAAGACGUGGUUCGUGCUUCUUCUGUUUCCUGUUUUCAAAACAAUUAUAACAAUGCUCAUGGAUAUUAUUUUUGAAUAAUUAUUUGGGGGCUUGUAUGCCCAUGUUGCCAAAGUGUGGCUAAGACAUCUUUAUUAAAUGCUUCCGCUGUUUUAAAUGCAUGUUUUACAUUAUGUU